AUGGCUUGGACCUACAACACCACAGAUCCCGAUGCGCCUACCAUGGGCCACCAGAUCACGGGCGUUGCCAUCGCCCUUACGGUUCUCUCCUUCAUCACUGUUUGUUUGCGAACCUACGUCCGAGCCUUGAUUCUCAAGGCUAUCGGGUUCGAUGACUGGGUUAUCAUCAUCACAUGGGUCGCGGCGGCUGGUUUUGCGGUCGUGACAAUCGUUCAGACAAGAUGGGGCUUGGGAUUGGUAGAUAUGGCAGAUUUCCCAUCGCAAAACAUGUACAAUUUCAAUAUCCUUCAAUAUAUCGGCGCCCCUUUUUAUAUCUCGAGUAUAUUCGGCUUCAAGCUCGCCUUGCUCACCUCAUACCUUCGUUUUAUUCCCAAGGGCGGUUACAGGUACAUGACUCUGGGCGUCAUUGUCUCUUGCUUCCUCUUUCAUCUGUCAUUCUUGCUGGUGCAGCUGAAUCUCUGCCAACCCGCCGCAAAACAAUGGGAUUAUAGCAUCCCCGGCAAAUGUCUCAAAGGAGUGCCUUUUUAUACGAGCAUGGCGUCGCUAACGAUCGUUUUCGAUGUUACUGCUAUGCUCCUCCCAUUCCCGGUUCUUCUCAAAUCUCAAAUUCAGACGCGGAAAAAGGUCGUUCUACUCGGAAUGUUCGGACUCGGCCUCUUCAUCACCAUUAUCCAGAUUAUCCGCAUCCAGACGGUCAAGCGCCUCGUAAACCCCAUCGACUCCGCUCCUUUGAUUAUGUGGUCGACAGUUGAAAACAACCUCGGCAUCAUCGUCACAAACGUCCCGACUCUUGCGCCCUUAAUCAAGUACUUCAACGAGAGAUCGCGAGCCGGCAAUACCGGGAGCCGAACCCGUGGAACAGGAUAUCCGAAGGAGGUCGGAUCGCGCUACGCCCUUCAGACGUGGAGGACGGGCAAGAGCAAGGGGUGCGAGAAGUUGGACAGCAUAAACGACAUGGAACUCGGAAGCGUCGAGGGCCAUACGAGCAAGGACGCCAAUAACAGCACCGAGUUUAUUCUGGAUGGCGGUAUUACGAAGAGGACCGAUGUGGUUAUUUCGCGAGAAUAA